AUGGCCGCUACGCCAUCCAACAAUCGCCUGAAACUCACGCCUUCCAACUCUCCGUUUCUUCCUCGACCGGCCAGGACUCCUGCGCGUGGCCGGACCACGCAAGAGUCCCGCCUGUCCCUCAAGAGAGUCGUCGGCACUACGUGUCGCUCCCCGACCGGCUUCGACACCGUCAACUCCUCCUUCGCCUACAUCGCUGGUGGCGCCGUGGUGGUGGUUGACGUCGACGGCCAGCAGUAUUCGCAGCGCUUCUACCGAGCCCGCCCGGCCGCGGUGCCCGUAUACUCCGUCACCACUUCCCAGAAUGCGCCCUCUACGCCCACGGCAACGACGCCCAAGGCCAACGACAGCCGCAACCGCGUGGCGCCCAGCUUCCGCGACUCCCAGUGCAGCCCGGGUGACUGGGGGGACUCGCCCGGAUCGAAGACGUGGACCAGCAGAGAGCGGAUAAAGGCGGCUACUUGUCUAGCCCUGAGUCGGGACGGCAGGUACUUGGCCGUCGGCGAGACGGGUUAUGGCCCGCGGGUCUUGAUUUUUAGCCUCCAGGACGCUUCAUCCGAUAUUCCACUCGUCUCCAUCAGCGAGCAUGCCUUUGGUGUGAAAGCCGUGGCAUGGUCUGCGGAUUCCAAGUAUCUCGCGUCCCUCGGGGCGGCCAACGAUGGCUUUCUCUAUGUCUGGAAGAUUGAUCCUCGAACCGGCGCGGCGAGGCUCUUUCAGCAAAACAGGUGUACAUCCUACGUCAGGGACAUGGUAUGGAUGGGCAAUACCCUCAUUACGCUCGGCGUCCGCCACGUCAAGGUCUGGAGAAUCGAGGGCGGCCAGAGCACCUCGCCUUCAAAGUCAAGGUUCGCAAACGAGUUGAUGUCCACCCCGCCCACGGCGCAAAAACCACUGCCGGGACGCAACAUGCUUCUUGGCGACCUUCUAGAUGCGACGUUUAGCUGUGCUGCCGUGGAUGGGAAGAGGCUCAUUAUCUGCACGGAAGCAGGCGACGUCUGCGUACUGGAUGACGACGACAGGCAAAUGAGGCUCGUCAGGGUUUUGAACCUCGUGUUUGCCAUAACGAGCAUCACGAUCCGCGGAAACGUGGCUUACGUGGGGGGCAAGAAUGGCCACUUUGCGACGCUUGACGUCCCAGGUGUCAUGGACGGCAAUGCGGACAGCAUCCUUACUAGUACAGAGGCGUUUGCUGGCAUCUUGGCGCUAGGGUUUCUCACGGACAAGCUGGUAACCAUUGAUUCGAGGCAGUCGAUUGACGUUUGGAACCCUGACUACCAGCCCGGCCAAGAGGCCGAGGCUCUUAUGCAUAUUCCGAUACCAGGCCACGGAGAGCCGAUUGCAGGCAUACACACGCUUGGGCGGCCUAACAAGGCCAACGCCGUUUUUGCAACAUGGUCCUCUACCGGAAACGUUACCUACUGGGACAUCGACGGGGGCAUCAAAUCCUCAAUCGAGGUACUCUUGGAUCCUGUCGAGCCGGACUCUGAGGUUGAGCUGGUGAACCAGCUAUCAUGCGCCCAAACGAACAAGGAUGGGACACUCCUGGUAACGUCAGACCGAUUUGGCAUACUGAAGGUCACAGACGUGGACACCAAGACCUGCCUGUUGGACACGAAAGCGCACGCGUCCGAAUGCAUCUGCAUCAGCAUCUUCGAGAACGAGUCCAAGUUCAUUAUGGCGUCCUGUGGUCGAGAUCGCACCGUGCAGUUGUUCCAUCGGCACUCGACGGGCAGCAUUGAGCACUUCCAGACUCUCGAAUUCCACGCCAAAGUUGCGCAAGUGCUCGUUCCCUCCGAGGACAAGGUCAUCACAUGCUCCUUGGACAGGACGUUGCAGAUUCACGAACUGGUCUCGAAGGAGGGAGAGCCAGACAUUCUGGCAGCCAUCCCUACCAGAGCUAUCUCUCUCAAGGCAUCGCCGACGUCAAUGACGAUGAGCCCAGAUAGCAGGACCAUCUUUGUGUCCCUUCUCGACAGGUCCAUAUGCCAGUUUGACCUGACCACCGGGCGACAGCUCGGCUACUUCAAGUGCCUCGAUGAGAGCGGCGCCGAAUCGGCUACUCUGGAGUCGCUCUCCAUAGGGCAAUGGGCUCCAAAGGACAUGGACUACCUGCUCGGCUCUUCGAAUACGGACAAGUCGGUGAGGAUUUAUGACGCCAACUCGGGCACUUUUCUGGACCGAGAAUGGGGCCACACCGAGGCCAUCAACGGAGUCGCCUUGGUAGAUGACGAUAACGGUACACAGAAGAUUGUGAGCGUCGGCUCGGACGGCACGAUCAUGAUAUGGGCGAUCGAUUUGAACGAUCCUAUGCCGCGGUCGAUGAGUAGGGAUCCAUCGCCGGUCAAGGAAGCGACUUCAGGUCGGCCGACGCUCAGAAGGAUUUUAUCCAAGGCAGAGCUUGCAGAGUUUCAGCGCUCGUCGCCAUCCGGCGGUAGGCGCUCGCCGCCACGGACACUUCAGCGCAGGUCCUCGCGAGUGAGUCUGCUGCCGAGCGCUACGAAUGCGCGAACGCCUACGGCGCCAUAUCAGAUGAGUCCUGGCAACAGCACCAUAAUGGAGGACACGCCAUCGCGCCGGCGGCCAUCUCACAGCAAUCAGGCGGAAAGCCCGCCACCCAGCCCUAAGGGGCGAGUCGCUAGGGCGCCAUCGUUGCCAUCCCUGGGCUUGAAUACGGCUCGGAAAAAGUCCUCACCCAAUCUCCGUGGGUUUGGUUCCCUAAACAUGGCCACGGAGCAGGCCUGCCGCACGCUGCGGGCCUACAGAAAGAAACUGUCGUCUGCGGAGCCCAUUACCGCAGACGCGCUGACGGAGCUGGAUCACGAGCUCCGGCUAACUGCUGCCGCGCUCGGCGACCGGGCGAUACGGAGCAAGGCGAUGAACGAGACGGUGUUGAGCGGGCUGCUGGACCAGUACUCCGAGCGGCUGGUCACGCUGCUCGACGAGAAACUGCGUCUCACGAGCCAAGCGAAGGAACGGGACGACGGAGACUCGAACUCCGGCGAGGAACGGCGCCGAAGCUCCCCGGACACGUCGAGCGCGUCCUCGCCGUGA